AUGACGAAAUUUAUAGCGACUGAGUACCAUCUGGGUCUACUCAAAGCUAAACUUGCUAAGUAUCGGUCUCAGCUUUUGGAAACCCAAAAUAAGGCCACAAAGGGUGAAGGUUUUGAUGUUAUGAAAUCAGGAGAUGCACGAGUUGCUCUUAUCGGAUUCCCAUCUGUCGGGAAGUCUACAUUGCUAAAUUCUUUGACGUCUACUCACAGUGAAUGUGCAUCUUACGAAUUCACUACGCUAACAUGUAUACCUGGUGUCAUUGAGUACAAAGGUGCUAACAUACAGUUAUUGGAUUUACCUGGAAUAAUCGAAGGAGCGGCACAAGGAAAGGGGCGUGGACGUCAGGUUAUUGCUGUUGCCCGAACAGCUGAUCUUGUCAUUAUGAUGCUGGAUGCCACAAAACCAGAUGUACAUAGAAAACUUCUUGAAAACGAAUUGGAGGCUGUUGGCAUUCGUUUAAACAAACGCAAACCAAAUAUUUAUUUCAAGCAAAAGAAAACUGGUGGAUUGAAAAUUACUUCUAUGGUUCCACUUACCAAGAUGAGCGAAAGAAUGACGCAGAUGAUAUUACAAGAAUACAAAAUAUUUAAUGCAGAAGUUAUUUUUCGUGAAGACGUUACUUCAGAUGAAUUUAUCGAUGUGGUUGUUGGCAAUCGGGUGUAUCUGGGCUGCCUUUAUGUAUAUAACAAAAUUGAUCAGAUAUCACUACAAGAAGUCGACAGGUUAGCAAGACAACCGGAUUCUGUCGUUGUCAGCUGCAAUUUAAAAUUGAAUCUGGACUAUUUGUUAGAAAAACUCUGGGAAUACCUAAAUUUAAUUCAAGUAUUCACUAAGAAACGUGGACAAAAACCUGAUCUUAAUGAAGGAAUAAUAUUACGUAAUGGUGCAACAGUUGAGCAUAUUUGUCAUUCAAUCCAUCGGUCUCUAGCAUCUCAGUGCAAGUGUGCUCUUGUAUGGGGAACAAGUGUAAAAUUCAGUCCACAACAUGUUGGAUUAAACCACGUUUUGCAUCACCAUGACGUUGUGCAAAUUGUAAAGAAAUGA